ACUGCACUGAUUUAAAUUAGAAAUAUUUUGUAACGAUACAAAUGUCAUUAAUGUUAACCUUUGAACAGUUUAAUGUGUCUUUGCAGAAUAAAAGUGGUAAUUUCUUUCAACAACAACAAAAAAAAACAUACUAAUCCCAAACCUUUGAACAAUAGUGUAAUGGGGACUAGGGCUGACAACCUUUAAUUUUGAAAUGUCCAUAAAAAGUAUUUUGAAAGUGAGGAAAGGACAGAAAUGUAAAGAUGUGUUAAAAGUCAGUGUGCUUCUUGUGUGUAUUGUUAUUGACAUCAAACCUUGCACAACACAGCCUGAUACUGUAUGUCCUAUUCCAAGUGAAUGAGUAAAGUAGCAUUUUUAGAGAAAAAGCUGCAAUGUUGUAUGGACUACUUUUAUGAUGUGUUAUUUUGUAUCUCUACAGAGCACUCUGAACAUUCUGCAAAAUAUCUUAUAUGUUCCACCGAAGAAAGACAAUCAUACAUGUUUGGAAUGAUAUGAGGAGGAGCUGGAAGCAGAAGAUGCCACGCUGGUCGAUACAUGUACCAUGAGGAGCACAGGAGAUCUACGCUAAAGACAGACAGGAGAAAACAGUUCACCUGGAUACAUUUCACAGGUCACACUGAGCCCAUGCGGUGGUCCAUGCUAGCCCUGCUGCUCUUGUCCUGCAGCCAGAUGUUUGCCCAGCGCCCAGGUGACAUCUGCUUACAGAACGACGACCGCGGACAGGAUGUCUCAGCCAUCCCUGUGCCGACCGUGGAUCCUAAACUCUUCAACAAGAGACGGUACCGCUCACCCCGCGUACUUUUCAGCGAACACCCUCCCGACUCAGAGCCCGCUGGGCACCAGACGAGGAGCAGGACAAAGAGGAAAGCAGGACCACCUCAACACCGUGGAGUUUACUCCGUCUGUGAGAGCGUUAGCACUUGGGAGGGAAACAAAACCAAAGCUACAGACAUCUCAGGCAACGAGGUCACCGUCUUGCCUGACGUAAUCAUCAACAACUCCAAGAAAAAGCAGUACUUUUUUGAGACGACCUGCAGCAGCGGGCGGACCGGAGGUUCUGGAUGUUUGGGAAUCGAUGCGCGCCAUUGGAACUCAUAUUGUACCAAUUCGCACACGUUCGUGCGAGCGCUGACUUCAUUCAAGAACCUGGUGGCGUGGAGACUCAUAAGGAUCAAUGUAGCUUGUGUGUGUGUGCUGAGCCGAAAGUCUUGGAGACAAUGACUGGCUGCUUUUGAAUACACCAGCAACAGCCUUAUGAUAUCAAACUUGAUAUUCCAAAUGUGAUGGUGGACAUUUUCCUUGUGCAAACCAUUAAUGACAACUUGUGACAUAAAACAUGCUGUCUAAGGAAGAGAGAUAUGAUGUGUUUUUGUCAUAUGACUCUACAAUGGACUUCAGAGUUUGUUUUUUUUUCAGUUCUUUUUUAAGCAUUUCUGUCUUUUUAAAAUAAUUGUUUUCUUUUGCAGCAGUAUGAGAACAUGUACAUACAUGGUUGUGUGUGGUAAUUGUUAUUUAUUAAACUGCAGCAUUAUUGUCCAGUUUA